AUGGCUCGUACUUUCUUUCGCAAAUUGUUGACAUACGUAUCCUCUGAAGAUGAUAGCGAUGUUGUUCUUAAUGAGGAGGCCGAUGGACAGUCAUCGAGGCAUCGUAACAAUCGCCAACGUCGUAAGUUUAUUCGGCGUGAUCAUAUUGAGGGGCACGAGCGGCUAUUUCACGAUUAUUUUGCUGAAAAUCCAAGAAGAGAUUCCGCCGGAAGACUCGGUUUAUCUUCUAUGCAAAAGAUAACUGCAGCACUUAGAAUGAUGGCGUAUGGGGUGACUGGAGAUUUUAUGGAUGAAUACAUACGUAUUGGUGAAAGCACCGCAAUGGAGAGCCUGAAAAAAUUCUCCUCGACAAUAGUAAGUGUUUUUUCAGAUGAAUACCUACGGUCUCCAAAUGCCAACAAUAUUACCCGAUUGCUUGCUGUAGCUGAACAACGAGGAUUCCCAGGAAUGCUGGGCAGCAUUGACUGCAGGCAUUGGAAGUGGAAAAAUUAG